AUGAUCACAUAUCUGUGCUACAAAAACAAGGACUUCAGUGUUUUAAAAGCGUAUAUGAUACUGCUUAUGAACAAUAGCGCAACUGGCCACAUCUACGAACUAAUUCACGAACCACUGGCAAAGCUAGUAGCCCACAAAAAGGCAGGAAGCAGCAUAUUCUCAUAUUUGGCAUUCAUAUUUAUCGGAUUCUUAUUUCUGAAUGGCUACAGAUCAAAGAAUACCAGAACUGACAUUUUGCUUGGUCUGAUGAUUGCUAUUAUUGCAUUCACCAUGAAUCAGAUAGCACUAUUUGCAGCAAUCAAUAGUACAUGCUUGAUGUUCUGGCCACUAAUGAUCAACUUCAUUAACAUCUUCUUAUUCAAUUACGCGCAGCAAAUAGCAUUGAUUGAUGCACUUGGAGUCAAAUACAUCGAAAUUGCAGCACUUUUCUUCCUGAAUGGAUUUAUAGAAGCAUGUUCUGAUUUCUGGUACAUCAGAGUUGAAGGACGCAUUGUGACUACCUUAUGGUGUGGUAGAUACGAUUCAUUCACGUGUAACAUGGCAUUGUUGAUUCUAACUGCAAUUUUCAAGAAUCUACGGGAAUUCUUCUCAGGGAAGUUUGUGAUAGGUUCAACCAAAUUGGAACGAGAUCAGUUAUUCCUAAUUUCACUGGUAUUUGCUCUCAAGAACGUCUUCGUGCAUGUUUUCAUGACACUCUUCAACUUGAAUGUAGCCACGAUCUACCAAUACGUCUACUUGUUGAUAGUUCCAAUUGGACUAUUUUUAGUCACAAUGGCCAAGAAAAACGAUAAGAAGCACCCGAUUUCAUUCUUUGAGUUCCAUGCAAUUGCAACAGCUACCAUUUUGAAUACACUGAUUCUGCUGAUAGAGGAGUUGUUUAGCAAGGCAAUGAAUACGUACAUCGGAAUAACCUGGUUAAUUAUUGUGGGGGUAACACAGGCGAUUCUAUUUGCAGCACUCUACUUCAAUGAGAGAAUGAAGAAGCGCCUUUAUAUUGGGCUGUUGUGUUUGGUGACUGUGAAUUUGGGUGAUCGCCUGAUCCACUGCAUCUACGCCUUGGCAUCUGCAAAUGCAGCUGAAUUCAUCUGA